AUGGCGCUAUUUUGGGUAUUGCUGGCGAUUACUGGAUCAGUUACUUCUGCGCUACAGUGCCAUCAAUGUGCCGGAAGUGACGCUGUGGGUUCGCUUCUGCAGAAGGCGCUCACCAAUUUCAACAUUACUCUCGGCCAAUCAUCGGGCGAUUGCAAAUCGGAAACGGGCGACAAUAUGUGCACGGGGACCGCGUGCCAAAAGAGCGUCGUGGCCUAUAAAGUGUCCUACUCUGGGAUAUCUUAUACCUACGAAACGUACGUCAAGGGAUGCUCCGCGAAUGCGACGCAAAAGGUUGGUCAGUGCACGGAUGUGGCCACCGAUGCGACGGGCGGCUAUACCAAGACAUCCUCCGUAUGCCUCUGCGACGACAAAGACUUUUGCAACGGCGCCUCCAUGCUGUCCACGAUCGCAGCCCCGAUUCUUUUCCUCGUCUUCACCCUACCUUUUGUUUUGCAG